AUGACGAAAGAGAAGAAAAAGGAUAAUGUCAGAUAUAUGGAUGUCGAAUUCAAUGUACCGAUGCACUGCAACGAAUGCGAGAGAAAAGUCGCUCGAGUUAUCUCUAAAUUUAAAGGUGUUGAAACAUUUACAACGGAUAUGAAUAAUCACAUGGUUCUGGUCACGGGAAAGAUUGAUCCUAAGAAGUUGUUGAAGAAACUCAAGAAGAAGACAGGUAAGAGAGUGAAGAUUGUAGCGAAGGAAGAUAAAGAACCUAGUAAGGACGAAAACGUUCUCGUGAUUGAUAUGGAACUGAUCGGUUUAGGAGAUGAGCCGGUCCUUGGGUAUAAUGACAAGUAUUUAGAGAAGUUUAUGUGGUUUAGCGAUGAGAAUCCUAGAGCCAUAUGUUGUAUCUCUUAG